CCGAUCGUGGAGUUGCACUUGUACGUUGCUGCAUAUUUUUCGCGAUUAUUUUUGUUUAAGAGUGAAUUUUGUACGCGAAAAGUUAUCGCAAGUGUUCGUAAAGUGUUAAUUGUCACGUGAACGUUGUGUGCAAUAACUAUUAGUAAUAUAUCACGAUUUAUCCGUGUUCGAAUAAACGGACCCUUUCCUUCCCUCUAUUCGAGCCGCUUUUUCUCGCUAAACAACGAAAACUACAAUUGACAUGUGAUUUUCACAUCAGGAAGUCACAGAAAGUUCUCUCAGUCACGCUGACUGUUAGGUUAUGAUUGUCAUCAAGAAUUCAAGAGUUCAUCUUUAUAUUUUUCCUAUUACGUUUUAGUUUACAUUCCAUUUAGACACAAGAAAACUCCACAAUGCAAAGAAAUUUACGAAGCACCCGUAACAAGCCAAUAAUCGAAAUAUCAGAUUCGGAUGAUGAAGAUCAUAAAGUGGUACCAAAAUCAGAAGAUGAAGACUACGCAAUGGAAGAUAGUAAAACGAAAAGGAAAAUUAGAGAGAAUAAUAAGGAGUCAGUGAAGAAGAAGAUAAAGAAAAGUACACAGGACAAAGUUGCUAAACCUAAAAAAAGAAAAAAUCAAGAAGAAAACUUGAAAAUACUUAAAAACAAGAAACUGAAACUAGAAGAAUCAUCAUUUGCAGAUUAUUCAGAUGCAGGAAUAUUAGAGCAAGAUCAGAAAACUUCUAUCAAAACUGAUGUAAAGCAAGAUAUCAAAAUUGAAGAAAAAUUAAACUGUAGCUUUUCACAAUGUACGGAAUGGACAGACAUUGAUUACAUAAGUGAAAUCAAUAAAGUAGAUAAACAUAUCGUAAAGAAUGUAGUACAGCUUUUUAACCAAGACAACACUAUACCUUUUAUCGCAAGAUAUAGGCGAAACAACACUGGAUCUAUGGAAGCAGAUCAGUUGAGAGCACUUAAGGAAAGUUACGAGCAAGCAAAAAUUAUUAAGCAACGUGCUGCAACAAUUUUAAAGACUAUCGAUAAAUUAGGGAAAUGGUCACCACAAAUUCAUUCUGCUAUCACAUCUGCAAAAUCCCUUGCUGAUCUGGAAGACAUUUAUGCCUUAUAUAAACCAACAUCAAAACGACCUCUGGCAGAGAGAGCAAAAGAAUUGGGCCUGGAAAGUAUAAGCAAUGCUGUUUUGCAUGGACAGAAAAUAACUCCACUGGUAUCUCUGAUAAAUGAGCAAAAAGAAGGCUUGCGAGAUGAACAGCAAGUGAGAAAUGGUAUUAUAUAUAUAAUAGUGGAUGUUAUUACUAAGGAUAAAAAGGUUUUUAAUGCAGUGACAUUCUUCCGAAAAAGAUCUAUCAUACACAUAGAAACGACGCAAUGUAAAGCAGCAGAAAAUUCGAAUAACACAAACCAACAAAAAUAUGAAUAUUAUUUUAAUUUUAAAUCAAAGGAGAAUACUAUUAAGCCACAUCACAUAUUGGCCAUUAAUCGAGCCGAAUCGCAAAAGAUUAUUAAUGUAAAAAUUAUAGUUCCGGAUACUUUCGAACACACAUUCAAAAAAUAUUGUCUGUCAGAAUACACACGUCAGCAAAAAGAUAUGGGAAAUAUUACAAAGUUGCAUUGUGAUUUACUUAGGGAUAGUAUUGAUUACGCUUACAAGAAGGUGAUUAAACCUUUGGUGAUACGUAGAGUACGGAGUGAGAUGAAGGAAAGAGCGGAAAAGGCAUCUAUACAAGUAUUUGCAACUAAUGUUAAACAAUUACUGCUGACUCCUCCUGUACGAGGUAAAAUUAUUCUUGGCAUAGAUCCGGGUUAUUAUCAUGGAUGUAAAAUCGCUGUUAUAUCGGAAACCGGAAAUGUUCUUGAGACAGCUUUGAUAUAUCCUCAUAAAAAUGAUGCUUCAUUGUCCAUUGCGACUAAUAUUUUGACAAAGCUAGUGAACAAGUAUAAAUGCACGAUAUUAGCUCUGGGAAACGGUACAGCAAGCAGGGAUACUGAAUUGUUUUUAACAAAUAUGAUAAAAUCAAAGAUGUUUGAUUCAUCGGACGUGACGUACACCAUCGUUGACGAAUCUGGAGCAUCAAUUUACAGUUGUAGUCUUGAAGGAAAGUCAGAAUUUCCGGAUCUCGAUCCAAAUCUGGUUUCGGCUAUCUCGAUAGCGCGACGUUUGCAGGAUCCACUUGCAGAAUUAGUUAAGAUUGAACCGAAGCAUUUAGGAGUCGGGAUGUAUCAGCACGACCUUCCUGAAAAACAAUUGAUAAAUGCGUUGGACGAAGUCGUCACAGAGGCUGUGAGCUUUGUAGGAGUCGAUGUCAAUACAGCAUCCCAGUGCCUUCUGGGAAGAGUAGCCGGUCUUACAAAAUCUAGAGCUGCAAGCAUCAUAGAAUGGCGAACUAAAUACGGAGCAUUUAGGAAUAGAGAACAAUUGUUAGAUGUGAAAGGUAUUGGCAAGAAAACGUUUGAACAGUGCGCAGGAUUCAUAAGAAUUCGACCGGACACAGCAGUGAUUGGCGAAAUCGCGACGAAGGAGAGUAAAAAAUUAAAGGAGAAUUUUAAUCUCUUGGAUCAAACGUGGAUUCAUCCGGAAUCAUAUGCGAUAGCGAAUAAAUUUUUAAAACACUGCCAAUGCAAGUUAGACAAUCUUGGUACGCCGGCAUUUAUCGAACGGAUAAAUUCAUACGCGAAAGCGGGAUGUGCCAAAUUAGCUGAGCAAUUUGAUAUUGAUGAGACUAAUAUGGAGAUCAUAAUUAAAGCUUUGACCAUGAAAAAGGAUGAGGAUAUACGCUUAAAAUCGAAUCGUCCGUUGUUCCGUGUUGGCAUUCAAAAUAUUCAUGAUUUGAGCGUUGGUAUCAUAUUAAGUGGUGUCGUGCGAAAUGUCACGCAUUUUGGAGCCUUUGUAGAUGUGGGCGUCGAAAAUGAAGGACUAAUUCAUAUUACACGUAUGAAACAACAGACUUUGCAUGUAGGCCAACAUGUGGAAGUAAAGGUAAUUAAUCUCGAUGUGGCACGCAGCAGGAUUGGUCUUGAAUUAAUGAAGAAGUUUUAAAUCGAAUUGUUUUUUUCCAGAGUUACGAUAAAAAGUUUUAGUUAUAUUGGUAUGAUAAUACUAUAUUUUUUAUUAAUAAUUUAUGUUAGGAAAAUGUUUUAU